AUGGAUUCGCCACCGUUUGACCCCUCGUCAUCCCGCCAAAUGCCUCAGUCACUUCCAGUCUCGGCGCUUCAGGAUAUGCUCGAUGCCGAUUUAUCGGGUGACUGGGCCCCUGAUAACCCAACUGUUGACUGGGAUGCUCCGAACAACUUCUACUUUUGCUCGUCCGAGCCAUCCAACCUCGAAUGGCCUCCAUGGACGGGCCUCGACUCGUCCGCCACAUCAAACCUCGAGAGACAUAGCGAUUCAGCCUUGCAAACUCUUGAAGUUUCAAAUGAAGCACUACAAAGCCCACCUUCGUGCACAACGAAUUAUUUUCACCCACAGAGCCUUUCAAACGUCUCUCAAUGGCUUGAUGGUGCAUAUCGACCCUCAGUGCCCUGCACUCAUUGCCGCAGACACAGGCUACAGUGUCUUAUACUUCGCACUACGGAAGCAAACCCCAAUCCUGUCAAGUCUUGUUCUAGUUGUGUCGCACUUUUCCGCGAGUGCAGUCUUGCCAAGGGAACAAAAAGGCUUCCAUCUGGAUUCGAGACAUUCUCUCCCGUUCUAGGCCAUAUGCACGGCCUUCCUGAGCAAACAGAAGAUAUCCCAACAGAAGACCGCAAGGAUUCCAAGCAGUUCGUCAGAAAAGGCGCCAGAGUUCUCCGCGAGUGGUUCCUCCGAAACCAGGAGUAUCCCUACCCAACCGAAGACCAAAAGGCCCAGCUUUGCCAGGAGACGGGCUUCUCGCAAAGGCGUAUCUCGACCUGGUUUGCGAACGCUCGUCGACGACAGAAGCAAAAGAUUCAGACGGCGAAUGUCGCAACGCCCUCUCGUUUCAGGUCCGGGUCACCACUCGUCACGAGUACAAUAAGCUCCUUAACCCCCAUGGAAAGAUGGCAGGGCUCGCCUCCGGAAGAUGAACCCGUCCCGGAAGCUACUAUUCAGGAUGCCAUUGCCUCGUGCACUGUCGAGGCCGAUGCGACAAUGGACCCAUUCCAAUUCGAUCCAUCGACUCUGGAUUUGUUCAAUUUCGACGAAACGUCGUCUCAUCUCGCAUCUUCUGUCUCCAGUUUUGGAAGCAGGGCGUCUGAAACGUCUGAAAGCGUGUCUUCGGCUUGGAGUUAUCAGUCUGGAGGAGACGGAGGACUACCCUUCCCUCUACUACCAAAAGCGCACCGCCCUCGACGUCGUGGACGACAGCACCUAUCAGGAGAUGAAGGUCAAUACCAGUGUACAUUCUGUACACAGUCCUUUAGAAAGAGACAUGACUGGUCACGACACGAGAAGAGCGUUCACCUUCAGCUCGAUUCCUGGAUCUGUACGCCGAAUCUCCACGAGCUUCAACAACAAUACGAUUGCCAAGUGGCUGAAUGUUACUUUUGCGAGACUCCUUUCCCAGCGCCAGCGCAUUGGGAAGAACACGAGUUCCAUAUCUGCUCUGCUAAGCCCGCCGCCGAGCGCUCAUUCAGUCGAAAAGAUUAUCUAUGGCAGCAUCUGCGUAAAUUCCAUGCUUGCACCAAGAGCCCCGUCAAUCUCGAUGCCUGGCAUGGAGCAGGCCCCAAUGUCCAAAGCCGUUGUGGCUUUUGCGACUAUUCGCUCUCCACCUGGGCUGCUCGGGUGGAACACAUUGCAGAGCACUUUAAAAAUGGGGCGCGCAUACAGCAAUGGGUAGGCGACUGGGGACUCGAUUCAUCAGCCAUGAGCGUCCUGCGAAACGCAAUCCUCCCCUCGCAGCGGUCUCUAGCGAGUCCAUCUACAUAA